AUGCGCAGCCUUACUCUUCUCGUAAAUGCAACUUGCGCUCUGUUCGCAUCCACUGCUUUCGCUGCACCGGCGGCAUGCCCUGCUCCUGCAUACAAGACCGUUUCCACGGAGUCUACCCCAACUUCUUCGUCAACUCCUGCUCUGUCCACGGUCUAUCAGUUCCCAGCUGAUUCUGGAGCAUGGGUCGAGAAUAUCGCCGAGCGCUCCAAUGGCCAGCUCCUCGUCACCCGCAUGUUCACUCCUGAACUCUGGCUGAUCGACCCUUCAAACGGCUCUGCCUCGUUGGUUUACAGCUUCCCUAACGCCAACUCAGUGACCGGCAUCACGCCCACAGGCAAUGCCGACGAGUUCGCCGUCGCCGUUGGUAACGUCGAUGCUGCCACCUUCACACCUGAGGCAGGCAGCUGGAGCACCUGGAAAGUCACCCUCCAAGCAAACGAGGCCACUGCCUCCCUCAUCACCAAGCUUCCCGAGGCCAAGUUCCUGAACGGUAUGGGAUACUUCCACGCUGGAGAGUCGACGGGUCUCCUGAUCACUGACUCGGUCGUCGGUGGCAUCUGGGCUGUCGAUCUCAAAUCAGGCGCCAACAGCCUUGCACUGCAGGACGACACCAUGCUGGCUCCCGCUGGUGCGACUUUUGCUGUCGGUAUCGAUGGCUUCCGCAUCAAGGGCAACUCUCUUUAUUACACAGUCUUCGCUGGCGGUGUCCUCCGCCGCAUCGAUGUUGAAUUCCCGUCCGCCGCUGAUCUCGCUGCUGGGACUGCUACUCUGAAGCAGACCGCUGUCGAGGAGCUUGCCAACACUGGUGGAUCGUUCGACGACCUCGACGUCGCAACUGAUGGCACCGUCUACGUCACCACCAACCCUGAGAACACCGUUGUCAAGGUCGCUGCUGCUGGUGGUGAGCCUACCCUCGUUGCUGGUAACGCUGGCUCUCUUGCUCUUGCCGGCGCCUCGUCUGCCCUUCUUUCCAAGGUCGCUGCCAACGUUCUGUACGUUACUACGUCCGGUGGCGUUGCCGCGCCCGUCAACGGCACUCUCUCCGAGGCUGGCAAAAUCAUGAAGAUAGUGUUGUGA